AUACCAUCAUCACCAUCAUCAUCACCAUCAUCAUCACCAUCAUCAUCAUCAUCGACUCGGCGUCUGGGAGUUUGUCCGAUACGAUUGUGUCUGCUUCGGUCUCUAGUAGCGCAGCACAUUGCGGUACAAGUUUUAUAUCCAACUCCUUCAUAUCGAGUUCUCCUCCUACUCGUCUUCAUGUGCAUACUGUUCCGGACUCGUCUGCCGCCGGGUUUGUUUGUCCGUCUUGUCUUUCCGUUUUUCUCUUGUAUUUCUAUCACUACCUCUCGUUUUGCUUUCUUGUUUUGUUUUGUUGGUGUUUCUGGGCGUUUAUCCUUUUCUGUUUUAUUUCAUUUUCUUCUUCUUCUUUCCCUCAAGUGACCCUCACCCGCAGCGGACAACACGACCAAAUAUAUACAGGGAGGACAGACAGACAGAAAGAAAGAAAGAAAGAGUCGAGACAGAAAGAGGCACAUGCUUCUUCAUCCGUCCCACGCACACACACGACGACCAGAACAAGCGAUAGGUUGUAUGCAUUUUUUCUUCGUUGGAUUCCUUACGGUCGUCAGGUCGGGUCGGGUCGGGGCGGGGCGGGGCGGGGCGGG